AUGGAAUUAGGAACACACCAAAGCCAAAUUGAUGAAGUAAAUGGUCACUUGAAUGAAAUAUUAAAUCAAGAAGUUGAUGGUGUUCAUGACCUGGUGGAAGAGUCGGAAGAAGAAGAAGUUCGUGGUUAUUUCUUUGAAGAAGGACCUGAAAACGACUAUGGAGCUGAGAGUUCGGGGUUGUCUGUGAACCAUGGGCCAGGAGCCGGGCUGAGUGCAGCUUCAGCGUCCACGGGCCAGAGCGUGGGCCGGACUGGUUGUUCGGGCCUGGGCAGUGCGACAGUCUCUGCGGGAGUUCCGGCGGGCCAUCGUACAGGCAGCGGGCCACGUUGUUUUGGAUGCGGUGAUUUCGGCCACCGGCAAGCGGCAUGUCCACGAGUGGCGGGGUCACGUAAAUACAUAUGGGUAACUUACAAAGAAGUUUUUGACAUUGUGCUGCAAAUUGGUAAUUCCAUUCGCAGCUGUGGAGUUGCGGACAGAGGACGGUGUGAAAUUUAUGGUGCUAAUUCUCCUGAGCGGGUUCUAAGUAUGGAGGCUUGUAAUGCUCAUGAACUCUAUUGUGUUCCUCUGUCUGACAUUUUGGGUGUUGGAGCAAUAGCAUACUUCACGUGCCAUGCAGAAUCUACACUUGAUUUUGUGGGACAAAAAAUAAUCUUUGAUCUGCCAAAUCCUUUCCUUGGGGAUAUUGGUGAAUGGCAGCCUGAGGGGAGCUUGAAGUUUGUUGAUUUCAGAAGGAAUAAUUUUAAACACUCAGGAGAAGAAUAUGUGGAAGUGGAAAAUUUCGAGAAAGUCUAUGAUAUUGUCUCGAUAUGGGUAUACGGGAACAAUUGGGAGGCCUUUCUUGUUGCUAUUAUUAAUCCAACCAAACAAGCAGUGGAGCAAUGGGAAGCACAAAAUUUCCUUGUUGCUAUUAUUAAUCCCAACAUCCAAGCAGUGGAGCAAUGGGCAGCACAAAUUGGUGUGUCUGGGGACUGCAAUGCCCUCUCAUACUAA